UAGUAUUGAUAAGUUCGGCAUUUAAAAUGAAGAUGCCAAUCUAAAUUGGAAAUAGUUGAGCAAUGAAACUGAAAAUGUUACAAAGCAGAACAAACUAACGGACAAUAUUAUGAAAUAGAUUGAUUUCUGUUAGCAUCAUUCAUUGGAAAUACAAAUCCCUUGGAUUGUACUAUUUAAUGACGAAAGAUGUCAAAUUCAAAGUUUAAAUUAACUGGAGAAAACACAAACCUGGCUCGUGUGGCUCAGCUGAUAUUGGGUCCAAGCACAAACGUACUACGUGUUGUUCUUAGGAAGGAAAUUUCUCCGUCCAAUUUGGAAACGAAAGUCAGAGCGUAUAUUGCUAAAACAAAGAAACCACUGAUCAACCAACACCAAGAGACACUCAUCUACAGUAAAGAUUACUUAAAAUUCGAUGUUACGUUACUGUACUUUUUAUUACGGAAUAUGUGCUCGAUCCAACCGCAUUCAAACAAAUGGGGAAACAAUCCACAUCCCGGAGAUAGAAGUGUGUCAGGAAACAUCGAACGGAUUCGUCUGAUAAGAAAUGAAUAUGGACAUAAUUCGGAAAGAUCUAUCUCCGAUAUAGACUUUAAGAUAAAAUACCAAGAUAUUAAGGGCAUUGUUCGAGAGUUGGAGAACUACUUAGGUAGUUCUACUAAAUACCAGGAGGAAGUAAAGGAACUGAAAACGCGUACCAUGGAUCCUACACAAAGCGAAAAAAAUAUCAAAGAGCUUCUUGACCUCCAUGAAAAAAUCAAAGAUAUUUCAGGGGAUGUCGAGGAAAUGAAGAAGAUAGCUCUUCCUUGGAAUUUAAAAGUUAUAUAUGAAAAGGACGUCCUUAAAUGGAAAGAAGAUGACAGUUUUUUUGUUGAAACUCACAACUUCCAAGCGAUGCUAGACAAAGUUAGACAACAGUCGUUCGUGACGUUUGUUGGUGUCCCAGGUUCAGGAAAAACGGCUACAGCUCGUCAUAUCGCCCUUCUACUGCAAGAGAAAGAUGGGUAUGAAAUAUUACCAACCAAAGACAUAAAUUACAUUGAAACGUAUUGUGACCCUCGCAGUCCACAAGUGUUUGUUAUUGAUGAUGUCCUAGGUGUGUUUGGGUUUGACAUGAAGGAACUUGAGAAGCUCACAAUGUAUAAAGAUAGAUUAAAUAAACCUACAAUGCCAGAAACCAAGGUUCUUAUGACAUGCCGGGAGGUAGUUUUUAAGCAUGAAGCUUUCUCGGGAUCAAUUUUGUCAAAUAAAAAACACGUAGUUCAGUUACACAGUGAAGAGAAUGCUUUAAAUGAUCAAGAUGAAUAUGAUUUAAUUGCAAAAUACAACUUAGAUAAAGAUUUGUUAUCAUCAGAUACUUUGUCAAAAUUAUCGAAAAGUUUUCCAUAUCUAUGCAAACUGUUUUCACGAAAGGAAGAGUUAGGACACUAUGGGCCAGAGUUUUUUAUUCCACCAGUUCCAUGCAUAUUGGAACUUCUGGACAACAUGAAAAUAAGAAACAAGAUUCAUUAUGCUUCAUUAGUUUUAUUAAUGACCAAUCAAAAUGCAUUGUCAGAAAAAGAUUUAAACAACGAAAACACGACGUAUUUUGGUCAAAUAAAGUUCAAGGUUUUAAAGAGAUGCAAAGUCGACCCUAUAACCUGUAGUUUUUACUUUAUUGAUGCGUUGACUGAAAUGGAAGGGACUUACACCGAGCAACGUCAAAGGGGGUUUACAUUAAUUCACGAUUCAAUGCUUGAAAUAGUCGCUUAUCAUUUUGGUCGUCACUUUCCAGAACUACUUUUGCAAUAUAUGGAUAGUGAUUACAUUGCUAAUUAUAUCUUACCAGCCAAAUACAAAUGUAGGAAACGUAAAAGAGAAGAAGACGUAUUAGAACAAACUGUCGAUGCGAAAGAGACAGUGAUACAGUUGCCGGCGAAGAAUAUGUUCAUGAUUUAUGUAUAA